UUUAAAUUUAAUUUACAUUAAUUGUUAACAUAAUUAUAUGAAUUUAUUAUUUUAAAAAUACGUUAAAUUACAAUUCGACCACAGCCUCAAAACAUGUGAUCACAGAAACGACAACAAAACUCUUUUCUCUGAAAUCCGCCUUAAAAUCUCACGUAUAAAAAAAUUCUAAGGAACCACAGCAUUCGAAAACGGCUCUGUAUGUAUCGAACAGAAAACUAGAAAGGGGGCGGGGUUAAUUUGUAAAUAUCGAAAGGCUGAAUUAACGAGGAGGGCCUAACUGCUUCGCUGUGUUUUUAAGGCAGUGUAUAUUACUUGAAAUGUGUUUAUUUUCACCAUAAAUUACGACAAAAACCUCCUGACAUUUGAACUUGUUACAGUUGCCGCUCAGUCUGACGUGAUGAGGCUGGAAACCGAAACUUAACUUAAACAGCUGCUGUCCUUUGUGGUAAGCAGAUAAAGAAAGAAAGAAAGAAAGAAAGAAAGAAAGGGUGCUUUAUUCUUGAGACGUGGAAGUUAAGAACAGCUGUUCGUUUAACUUGACUGCAUAGUAAAUACUGCCACAUAAGGAUCAUUCCCAGAACAGAAAUUGAACCUGAAACUCACAGAAGUCCACACAAACAUAUAUUCCCUAUUAAAAUGGAUAAACCUCCAUGUUCACCAAGUCAUACUUGCUCAGGAGCGCCCCCUGUGAGCUAUAACGGCACUGCAUCAGGUCUUGGGGAAACCAAAGUUGAGGGGAAAACUGGGAAGAAGAAGAAGAAGCAGAAAAAGAGACAAGGUGCCACAUGCCAAAUGAAAACAGCCAGUGAGUGCUUUCAGGUCACUGCUGAAGAGCAGUCAUCGUCCUCACAGCACCAGCCUGAGCACUUUGAAAACAGACCUCCAGGAUCAAAGCAUGAAAAGAAUACCCGAAAAGCAAGAAAUCAAUCAAUUUUACCUAUAACUUCUCCUGCAAGCUCCUCUCGUCAAGAUAUAACCCAGAGUACGCAGCAAACAUCAGCUCAGUUUACCUGUGACCAGUCAACUCAGACAGAGGCUUCCCAACUCCAGUCUAUCCAAACGCAGUCAACACAAACCCCUCCGAUCCAGGGUAUACACACGCCAUCAACAGAAUCCAAGUACACCCAGACAAUACAGUCUAGUUUUUUCUUGCAGCAGGCAUACUGGGGAAAAUCAUUCACAGAUCAGUCAGCUGAUGAGCAGAAAACCCAGUCCAAUCAUCUGACAGUGAUAUGCUGGAAUAUAGAUGGUCUGGAUCAAGAUAAUGUCUUUGAGCGGCUCAAAGGUCUGCUUUCACACUUAGGAAAGUACCAUGCAGAUGUUGUACUGUUGCAAGAGCUGAUUCCUGAUUGUUUUAAGUGUUUAAAGAGCACUAUGAAAGAUUAUCAGUUUUUGCAAGGCAGUGAAGAUGGCUAUUUCACUGGCAUUCUGCUCAAAAAAGACAGAGUGCAACUCCUUGACAGCAACAUUGUGAAGUACCCCACUACAGAGAUGGAUAGGAACCUGCUCAUAGCAUAUGCAAGCUUUUUAGGCCGUCCGCUAUGCUUUAUGACAUCACAUCUGGAGAGCAAUAAGACAAACUCCCAAGAACGCUUAAAUCAGCUGCGGAGAGUUUGGAAAUGGAUGAAAGAGGCUCCACAGGACCACACAGUCAUAUUUGGAGGAGAUACCAACCUUAGAGAUUGGGAGGUAAAGAAGCUUGGGGGGCUGCCGGACGGUAUGUCUGAUGUGUGGCAAAUGCUGGGGGAACCGGAGGAAAGCAGAUACACCUGGGACACAUCUAUCAAUGAUAACAAAGAAAUUCCUCAUUCUAUACGCCUGCGAUUUGAUAGAUUGUUUCUCAGAGCAGCUGGAGAGGGCGCCAAACUACAGCCAGAAAACAUGACCCUAAUUGGUAUGGAGAAGCUGAAGUGUGACUAUUUCAUUAGCGAUCACUGGGGCAUCCUUUGUACCUUCAAAUUUGAGGAAUCAGAAGAGUAGUGUGUCACUAAAUGAUUUUAUUGUUCAUGGCUUGCACAUGAUUAUACUAAAUGAGUCACAGUGGUUUAUAAACAAAUCACUGUUGAUAUAAACUCUAAAAUAAAGUUUAAAUGGUCAUUCACAAUUAUAAACUGCUGGGAGAUUAACCUGUUAUGCACCAGUGACUUCUCAGUUUCUAUAUGUGACCCUGGACCAUAAAACCACUCAUAAGGGUCAUUUUUUAAUGAUCUGAAAUAAGCUUUCCGUUGAUGUAUGGUUUGUUAGAAUAGGACAAUAUUUGGCCAAGAUAUAACUGUUUGAAAAUCUGGAAUCUGAGGGUGCAAAAAAAAAAAUAAAAAAAAUAUUGAGAAAGUCACCUUUAAGGUUGUUCAAAUGAAUUUCUUAGCAAUGCAUAUUACUAAUCAAAAAUUAAGUUUCAAUAUAUUUGCGGUAUAUUUUUACUUAGUGUCCUCCUGAUUUUUGGCAUAAAAGAAAAAUUGAUAAUUUUGACCCAUACAAUGUAUUUUUGGCUAUUGCAACAAAUAUACCCGUGCUACUUAAGACUGGUUUUGUGGUUCAGGGUCACAUAUAAUCAAAAAUGAAUUAUUACACAGCUUAAAUGUUUGCCAUAAACAAAAUUACUGCUCAAGAAAACAGAUCUGUAACCCUGGACCACAAAACCAGUCUUCAGUAACAUAUUUGUAGCAAUAGCCCAAAAUACAUUGUAUAGGUCAGAAUUAUUGUUACCAUUAGGAUCUGUUAGGAUAUUAAGUAAAAAUCAUGUUCCAUGAAGAUAUUUUGUACAUUUCUACCGUAAAUAUAUCAACACUUAAUUUUUGAUUAGUAAUAUGCAUUUCUAAGAACUUCAUUUGAACAACUUCAGAGGUGAUUUUCUCAAUAUUUUUUUUAUUUAUUUAUUUAUUAUUUUUUGCACCCUCAGAUUCCAGGUUUUUUAAAUAGUUGUAUCUCGGCCAAAUAUUGUCCUGUCCUAUCCUAACAAACAAACAAAUACAUCAAUGGAAAGCUUAUUCAUUCAGCUUUCAGAUGAUGUAUAAAUUUCAAUUUAAAAAAACUGACCCUUAUGACUGGUUCUGUGGCCAAUGUCACUUUUGACAAUUCUGGUAUCCUCUAUAUACAAAUACUAAUACUUAAUAUAAAUAAUAACCAUUACUAUCAAAUCUACAAUUUUCUUCCCUUAUUUUUCCACUAGAGGGAGCUCAGAUGACAGCUUAUGAUUUUUAUUCUUGCUGUGACUAAGAACAUCAACCACACAAAUAACCGAAAGUGGUAUUUUGUUCAUUUAAGUAUUCUGAACAUAGGUAAUGUUAAAACAUAACAUACAUAAUUACUUCUAAUGUACAUAUAAGGUCAUUAACCAGAGAUUUAGAACUACCUAUUUUUUUAAACCAUUAUAAUUUAGUAUCAUUUUCACACAUAGUUUAAAUUGGAAGCACAGUGUAGUAUAAAACAAUGUUUAAAUGUUUAAAAAGUAUGCAUUUUGAUUUAAUGCACAUAGCUGAUGAAAAUCUGGAGUAUAUCUUUUGGGUGAUCCAAAUUGGAUAGAUAGGAAUACAUUUUUUUGGUGAAGAACUGGCAACAUGGCCCUGUUUUCAUUUGCAGAAAUGAGUUACAGCAUAUUCUCUCUCCUACUUAAGCUAAACAGAAUUGAAAUGUGCCAGUACAGUUAGAUGCAAAUUUAAAGAGGUGGGAGGCUGACGACAAGAAUGAUUUUUUGUCAUUGGCAUGGUGUCAGGAAUUGGAUUAACAAAGAGCCAUUUACCAGGACAGUCCUCAUCAUGGCCAGCUGAAUUUAGAAAUUUACUCUCUGCAGAAUGUGCUACGAAUCUACUACACUGCUUCUGUUUUCUUUAGAUUUUACCUAUGAUGUUUAUCUCAAACAUAUUCUUAUCUAGAGAGUCUAUAAAAAAGAUUCCACCAGCAUGCUUCAUUGAACACUCACAGUAAACAGAACUUUGUCAUUUUUGGGAUUUGAUACUAGAGGCAAAAACCUUGAACAAAAAACCUUGAAAAAAAUUAAUCCAUUACGAUCUAUGACAAUAUCAUUAAUCAAAUAUUCAACGCAGUAAAUGGAUUAGUGUUCUGUCACGCUAAUCUAUUUGCUUCAUUCUAAUACAUCACAGAUUUAAGAUGAAUUAAUUGCCAUAUUAUCUUCAUAUAAAGUAUUUAACCACACGUUGAAUGCUGAAGAAUUCUAUCAGCCUAACUAGAAGGCAUUAUUUAAUAAAGACCAUCAUGAAGGUUGUGAAAGAUCAUUAGCUCCCACUGUUAUAGGAAACCCUUAGUCAUUUUACUACGACGAACUAAAAAUAUACUCACAUUAAUCCUUGUGGAAUAUUUUAUGCUGUUUUUAAAUUGGGUCAUACCAAAAGUCUGUUUGAAUGUAGUUUGCAUGCAGCGACAUAUGAAUUUUCAUACAGCAAUCCUGUCUAAACAUCUGGUUUUAUAAAGAGUUUUGUGCAGGAAUCAUGAUUACCACCAGCCAGACCAAAUAUAACAUCAGGUGUAGGAUGAUGUGCCUGUGAUGGCAGUACAAUUACUGGCUAUGACUUUUUGGAGGUUUGAGUAUCCAGAAUCAGCCAUCUUGGCUUCUUUUAUAGCAUUUCCAUAUUUUGUCACACUUCUUGAUACUUUUUGCAUAACUUAUCCUCCACUUUUUACUUGCAGUGUCUAAACAUCAUGUUGUGCUGAGUUCAUUUACAUAAAGGCAUUUUCAGCAGUUUUUUCCAGUUCAAUGACACAACAGCAGGGGUCAUAGCAAAUAACAGCAUGCCUGACAUCAAUGGACAUAUCAGCAUACAUUUAUUUUAAAACACUCGCAAUAAGUGUGCAUAUAUUACAAAUAUUUUCUAAAGUG